AUGUCUCAAAAAGCAGAACAGGUCCUUCAAUUAACCAACUCUGGCAAUAUUAUGAAUGAUGAAUCUCAUCUUUCCCAAACCUUACAGAAUAAAAACACCUCGGAAAAUAACAUCUUCUAUGAACGUAAUGAUCAACUUCAUACCGAUCGUGUGAUGAGUGAGAGUGGUGAAGGAGGAGGAACCCGAGACUACGUAAAGGAACGUUUAAAGAGCCACAUCUUUGGAAAUCCAAAUUCUAGUGAGGAUCAAUAUGGACAACGAAUGCAAAGUACUCUGAUUCCACCUCCCGCAGGAGAAGCACCUAUUGAAACUGUAACCACCUCCGAUCCUAAUGUUUAA